AUGGUCGAAGCAGAAGAGGAGUAUCUUGAACAGAUGGAAAUAUUGGUAACAUGUUUCUUAAGACCGUUCAAGAUGGCUGCUAGUUCGAAGAAGCCUCCCUGCACCCAUGAGGACGUCAACUCUAUUUUCUUGAACAGCGAGACAGUGCUAUUCCUUCAUCAGAUUUUUUUUAAGGGGCUCACUUCUAGGAUGGAGUCUUGGCCCACUCUCGUAUUAGGAGACCUAUUCGACAUGCUGCUGCCGAUGCUGACUAUUUACCAGGAGUACGUGAGGAAUCACCACUACUCGCUGCAAGUGUUGACAGAGUGUAAGCAGACACAGCCGUUUGCCCAGCUGCUGGCACGCCUGGAGAGCAAACCCGCGUGUCAGAGCCGCUCGCUUGAGACUUUCCUCACCUAUCCUAUGCAUCAGAUUCCCCGUUACAUAAUAACAUUACACGAGCUACUCGCUCACACACCGCACGACCAUGUAGAGCGACGCAGCCUGCAGCAUGCACGAGCGCAGUUAGAGGAGCUUUCUCGGCAAAUGCACGAUGAGGUCAGCGAGACUGAGAAUCUUAGGAAGAACUUAGCAGUAGAACGUAUGAUUAUCGAGGGCUGCGAUAUUUUGCUUGACGUUAAUCAAGUCUUCAUUAGACAAGGCACGCUAUCUCAGGUUGUGGGGAAAGGUCGUCGUGCUUCACUGCAGGCGCGGCAGGCAUUCCUGUUCAGUAAUCACCUGCUGCUGACGACGCGCGCUGCCGGAGGGCGAUUGCAUCUGCCGCCCGCAGGUCGACUGCCGCUGCACGACGCGUUGCUGCUGGAAGAUCCUUCCAACCACGACGACGAUGAUUCUACGUCUGUUUGCUCGUCCCCUGGAGGGGAUGCAUAUCAAGGAAAAGACUUCAAAAUCCUCGUCGAAGUAAAAGGGGAGCAAAUAUGUGCCCAUCUAGUGGCAGCAACGUUGGAGGAGAAAGCGGCAUGGACGAGCGAGCUGGCGCAGUGCAUGGAGUCGGCGGCGCUGACGGAGCUGCUGCGCGCGUGCGGCGCGUGCGGCGCGGCGUCCGCCAGCCUGCCCGCGUGCCGCUCCGACCGCGCGCUCUUCACCGACGAUGUGGACAUACGCUUUAGUCGGACGCUCAACUCCUGCAAGGUGCCGCAGAUACGCUCCGCCACGCCCCAGCGGCUGCUGCAGCGUCUCACCGAUCUCCGGUUCCUGUCGGUGGACUUCCUGAACACGUUCCUGUUGACGUACCGCGUGUUCACGGACGGCGUGACCGUGCUCGAGGCGCUGAAGCAGGUGUUCUACGAGCAGUCGCAGCAGGAGCUGGAGCUGGCGCCGCCACCCGACGCCACCAGGAAGACCAGCGGUGCCAGUUCGGUUUCUGGUGAAGAAGAUGACAAACUUUCUCCGUAUCUCAUGGCGCCAUCUCGAAGGACGUCUUCUGUUAGCAAGCCGGAAGAAGAUAACAGUCAUCUGACGAUACCCAAAAUAAUGGCGACAUCGUCGAGUAACGAGACAUUGAAAGGUACAUCUCCAUCGUCACCUGGGGCUAUUAGUUCGGUGACCCUAGUGGGAAGUCCGAGGAAGGCUAGUCCCGAACAUGCUGCAUUAAAAGGCGGGACCAAGUCUCCGACCAAAGACAACGACGCAGCCGCGGCCAUCAUGAAGGACGAGAGCAUCGAGCUGGUGGACCAGAGCGACGAAGACAUCAAGUACAAAGAGGAGGAACAGGAAAAGAACAAAUACAAGAUCGAUGAUAAGUUCAAGAUAUCGCAAAGGUUUUCAGAACGUGUGCGCACGAUGUCGGAGAGUCCGCGGCGGCUAGCGCCGUCGUCGGCGGCGGGGGCGGGGAUGGGGGCGGUGGCGGGUAUGGGGGCGGGGAUGGGGGUGGGGAUGGGGGCGGGGAUGGGGGUGGGGAUGGGGGCGGUGGCGGAGGCGCGGCGGCGGUCGGACAGCGCCCGGAUCGCCGCCGCCGCCGCCGCACCGGCCGAGCCGCGCCGCGCGUCUGACUCCAAUGCUGCGCGGUAUGCACGUAGAAGAUCCGCGAGCGAGAGGCGUUACACUAACGCUUCCAUCAACAGUGAGCGCCGUCGGUACUGGGGCGGCUCCGAACCUCGGUCUUCAGUCACGUCGCAAGUGUCACAGGUUGCACAGAAUUAUCGACGCGAAACGAGCCAACCUAAAGCUGGCGUCGUAAUUACAUCCUUCAGACAAUCUCAUAGGAGGAGCAGUACAUCGACUGCAGCGGUGGCAUUCGCUGUUGCCACAUCUGGAUCUUCUAAUCCUCGCUCACCACCGCCCACGUCACCACCGGCUACUAGGAGAGAUUCGGUCAUAUCUACCGCAGCUACUAUGAGAGUGCUCAAUGUCCUAAGACACUGGAUCUCUAAGCACUCCCAUGACUUCUGGUCUAAUGAGCGUUUGCGCGGUUUAACAAUGGACUUCCUGAAAGAAAUAGAGGGUAGUCCGGGCUUACUGCCAGCUGAGCACAAAGCGGCAGCACAGUUGCUACGUUUACUGGAACGAGCCCCCGAUCGAGCUGUGGACCUGAAAGCACUUUUCACUCCUCCUCAUGUGCCAACCAAGGAAAGCAUAGAAACAUUAUCAGCACUUGAAAUAGCAGAACAGAUGACUUAUUUGGAUUAUCAAAUAUUUAGCUCCAUCAACAGCGAAGAAUUUUUGGGUCAAGCGUGGACAAAGGCUGACAAAGCGGAACGUGCACCACAUAUUCUGAUGAUGACUUCACAUUUUAAUCACAUUUCCAAUCUCGUAAUUUCUGAGAUAUUGAAGAAGUAUACCCUGGCAGGUCGAGUAGCAGCAAUAGAGAAGUGGGCAGCUGUGGCAGAUAUCGCUCGUUGUCUUCAUAAUUUUAAUGGUGUUCUUCAAGUGUGCGCAGCAUUGUCCAAUACUUCUGUAUAUCGGCUUAAAAAGACCUGGGAGAAAGUCUCAAAGACUAGUAAACAGACAAUUGAAAGAAUGCAGAUGAUAAUUUCAUCAGAAUGCCGUUUUAGAUUUCUUCGCGACACUUUGCACAGGUGUGAUCCACCGUGUAUACCAUAUCUCGGCAUGUAUUUAUCUGAUUUAUCUUUCAUCGACGAAGGCACGUCCAAUUACACUCCUGACGGCUUACUUAACUUUUCUAAAAUGCGAAUGAUCGCUCAUGUUAUUCGAGAGAUAAGGAAUUUUCAACAGACGCCUUAUAAGAUUGAUCAUAUACCCAAGGUGUGCGAUUUCCUGCUGGACGAGUCUCUGGUGAUCCCGGAGGAGCGCCAGUACCAGCUGUCGCUGGAGCUGGAGCCGCGGGCGGCGCGCGGGUCGGCGGCGGGGCUGCAGCACGCGGCCGCGCCCGCCUCGCCCGCCUCCUAG